AUGAUUGAUUCGUUGAGUACCUUGUCGAAGAGCCUCCGCUUGCUCAGCCUCCUGUUUCAGACGUUCACGGCGAGCGGAAUAGCCCUGAGAACCCAGGUACGCACUGCCGCUUCGUAGACUUCCUCCCAUGGAACGCAUAGAAGAGUAACCGGGUGCUGGACUCUGUGGUCCUGACAUCAUUCCAUUUCGGUAAUUCCAUGACUGGCUGGAAGUCACAUUUGCGGAACUCAGAGCUCUUUUCGGCGCUCCGUAACCGAAUCCCGAAUCUGAACCCGAGGUUGCCUCUUGACUAUUAAUUGAGGCACGAUAUAAGGAUGGUAGUGGGGAGGGUCUUGAGAUUCUACGUCGAAUAACUCGUCGAUGGGUAACUACUUCACAUUCCAUUGGAGAUGA